AUGGAGCAAUCUCCCCAAGGAACUGCGCAGCAGGGUAGACAGCAGCCGCAGCCUGUCUAUGAUGUCAGGAAUGGAGGUCAUUACGGUGCUAGUGCAGCGCUCUCAGCACAAGGCUACGCACCAGUUGCCGAACUGUACACAGGUACUUGGGCCAAUGUGAACCAAGGCCUCCAAGGAACCGCCCGCGAUAUCUUGACGACUUAUUGGCAGCAUGUUAUCAACCACUUAGAAUCAGAUAAUCAUGACUACAAGAUCCAUCAGUUGCCAUUGGCUCGGAUCAAGAAGGUGAUGAAGGCCGAUCCGGAGGUCAAGAUGAUCUCCGCAGAGGCGCCCAUCUUGUUUGCUAAGGGUUGUGAUAUAUUCAUCACCGAGUUGACUAUGCGUGCAUGGAUUCAUGCCGAAGACAACAAGCGCCGUACCCUGCAGAGAUCUGACAUUGCCGCCGCUCUGUCUAAAUCAGACAUGUUUGACUUCCUGAUCGAUAUAGUCCCCCGGGAAGAGGCAACUUCCCAUGCCAAGCGGUCAAGUCAGGCCGCAGGUGCUGCCCCGGGUCCAUCUGCUGCGCCCAGUCAGAUGCCCCCUGCUCCGCAUGGAGUUCAGCCACAUCAGCACAUGGGCCCUGCUGAUUAUGGAUCUCUUGGCCAGCAUGGCAUGCCCCAAGACCAGGAGUACCGUCCGCAGCCCGCCAUGUACUCCGGAGCCGUUCAACCAGAUCCGAAUGCAGCAUAUGGCCAGCCACAGCCUCAAAUGUUUGAGGGGAUGUAUGCCUACCCGCAUCUUCCCCCGCAGCAGGUAUGUGACCGUUGA